AAACAAUUUGAACACGUGACCAAACCCGGAAAUUGCUUAUAUUUAGUCACAGAGAGCUUCGAAUAAACGAAACUUGAAUCGAAAUAAAGUCAUUUAAGUUUGUUUUUUUUGAUUCCGUGGUCAGUAUGAGUGAAGUAUGUGGUGGUAAGCUGCCUACCUCAACGAGGAAAAAAAUCAGGAAGUUCAGUUCCUUGCGCGGUCGGGAGGUGCAGUCGGGAGACUUCUGGGACGUGGUGGUGGUGACCGCCGUGGACGGCGGCCAGAAGGAGGCGUAUGAGGCGCAGAUCAGCGAGAAGAUCGACAGGAGAGAGCUUCCUCUCGGAACCACCUACAAGGUCUUCUCCGACCCUCCUGGACCCAAAAUCGGGAACGGCGGCUCCACCCUGCACGCGCUGCAGCAGCUGAAGUCCGUGUAUGGAGAAGCUCUGAGCAGACUGAGAGUCAUCCUCAUCCAUGCUGGUGGCUUCAGUCAGCGUUUGCCCAGUGCCAGCGCUCUGGGGAAGAUCUUCAUGGCCGUUCCACUGGGUGACCCUAUUUACCAGAUGCUGGAGCUCAAACUGGCCAUGUAUGUGGACUUUCCAUCCAAAAUGAAGCCUGGCAUCCUGGUGACCUGCGCGGAUGACAUCGAGCUUUAUAGCGUAGCCGAGGGGGAGGAGGUCAGGUUUGAUAAACCAGGCUUUACUGCUUUGGCGCACCCCUCUCCGCUCUCUGUAGGAACGACCCACGGCGUGUUUGUGUUGGAUCAACAGGAAACCUCCUCUCAGUCUGAAAUGGAGAAUGUUUCCUGCCUGCGUUUUCUCCACAAGCCGAGCAUCAGACAGAUGCAGGCUAGCGGUGCCGUUUGCAAUCGGAGGAGCGGUCCGAUUCCUGUUUCUGAUGCUGAGUUUGUGUACACAGACAGCGCGUAUUAUGUUGAUUUUGAUACGGCAAACGUUCUGCUGAACCUGCUGAAAGAGCUGGGGCCUUUGAGCUGUGAGAUCGACGCAUACGGGGACUUCCUCCAGGCUCUGGGCCCUGAAGCCACUGUCGAGUACACGAACAACACCGCAAACGUGACCAAGGAGGAGACGAGUCUGGUCAGCGUCCGCCAAAAGAUUUUCAGUCUUCUUCAGGGGACCCCCCUGAACGCAAUACUCCUCAACAACUCCAAGUUUUAUCACAUCGGAACCACGUCAGAGUUCCUCUUUCACCUGACUGAGGAUGAGGAGCUGAGGAGUGAGCUGGGCCUCCUGUCUUCUGCCUUCAGCGUCCACCUGGACCAGAGCUCUGACGGCUACUCUGGCUGCUGCAUCAUGCACAGCGCUCUAGAUUCCAGUUGCUGUGUGGGACCUGGAUCAGUGGUGGAGUACUCCAGGCUGGAAGCCGGUGUUUCUGUCGGUCGGGGCUCCAUCAUCAGCAGCUGCUGGGUUGGUCCAGGCCUCGCCGUGCCGGAUGGGGCCUUCAUGCACUCGCUGUCUGUGAACCACCAGAAGCAAACCGGGUUUGUUACCGUCUUUUUUGGGAUCAACGACAGCUUGAAGCUUUCUGUGGAUGCUGCUGCCUGCAUGGAAGAGCUGAUGUUUUUUGGGACGCGCCUGUCAGAGUGCCUGUCCCUCUGGGAGGUGGACGCCGAACUCCUGAGGUUCUCCAGAGAUCCCUCCAGCUGCAGUCUGUGGAACGCUCGCCUGUUUCCUGUGUGCUCCGAUCAGCAAAGCUCCUUCUCUGCGUCCCUAAAGAUGCUGCAGGCCAUCCUCAGCGGGUCUAGAAGGCCUCUUCCUGCGAAAACACAGCUGCUUUCCAUGCAGGAGUGUCUACAAUGCAAGAAUCUACAGGAGAUGCUGAAGUUCAGGAAAGAUCUACAUGACGAAAUUGUGCUGAAGAGACAGUGAGACAUCCAGCCUUCCAUAUUGUUAGGUCAUGCAUAAAUGUUUGCAUUGUCAGAGCUGCUUUUGUUCUUGAAAUACUGAUAAAUUCAUUCUUUAUGUGGGAAAUGAGGAAUAAGUUAAAGUAAUUAAAAAGAUAUCUGCUUUGUUUGAAAUAUUUUACCUUUAAAGAUUCUUUAUACUAAUUUAGUUUUUUUAUUCUCUGGAUUUGCAAGAAUUUUAUAAUAAAAACUACGAUGCAGAGUUCUUACCCACUGUUCUGUCUUUUUCCCACAAACACAACUAAAUGUUUCUGCAGAAAUAUUUGUUUUCAUACAAAUGUGGACAAAAUGGUUUAUGCUUUAUUUUCAAUAAAAAUUCACAACGGUU